UAGUGAGACAAAAAAAGGUUGCUUUCUGGAACUAGGAGGCACUGUUGUGCUCACGCUCGACACCGUAAUGUGUUACAUACUUAUGCAUCCGUUUGCCUUGGGAAUGCCCCCCACGCUUAGGUGUCGUCGUUGAAGGAAACCAUGACUGCGUCAUCAACGAGCCAAUAUUCCUCGUUGCUUUCAUCGACGUUAUCAUACGCUCCCAGCUCGACGUCGACAAGCAGUGGAAACACGUCGGGUAGCGGUUCAUCUCUACUCUUUGGUUUUCUUGUCAGUGUAUUGUCACUCUUCGGCUUAUUCAUGAUCAGUGGACUCGUAUGGCAUCGUCUGGUCAUACGGCGUCAGAUGAUCGAUGAGAUGUUGCGGGUUGAUAUCGAUAUCCCCUUGCAGAGGAGGCGUAUGCAGAAGCCUCUACUGUGGGAUGCACAGGUUUUACUAGGUCAGGACUGUUCGCAAUGGAGGGACACACAGCCGUUAGCAACGGAAAAGUACGACAUUCCGUUGCCACCGCCACUGGACCGCCAAACGCCGAGACCUUCUUUCUGGAAACGUCAGGUUAUCAACCGCAUACCACCUGAGAUAACCUAUCUCUUUUCUCCUCCCACCCUAGUUAAAGUGACUGAUUCCCCACAUCUGAAUCAUUCGAAGAUGGAGCUCCCGCUGGAUCGAUCUCUUCUCCAAGUUUCUGUCUUGAUAGCCAUGCCGCGACCGCCAGAUUUGUUAUCACCUUUGUCGAAAGGUGUGGGAUCGAAGAAGCACCAACCAUUGUAUGAGAUCGUUAUUGGGACAUCGAACGUGUACUAUCAUGACUUGGACUCGCAGUAGCUGUGACGCUUGUUCUGAUUUUUACGACUGCUACGUGUUUCGUGCUAUCUUUCUUUGACGUGCCUUACCAGGGUAUAUUAAUUAUUGCACUAUUAUAGUCUUGGACUCUUUGUUAUUCUGGACUGCGCUUCGUCUACUUUGCAAUACUUGAAACAUGAGACGAGCCACUGGUCCGUUACUCGCACAAAUACAUGGGUUGAGCCACCACCAAAUCACAUCUUUUUUUUUUUUGAUCUGACAGUCUUGAUUCUGAUACUUACGUCCUCGUUGGUUAGAAUAUACAGCAAGUCGGUAUCAUCCGAUAGGUCCUGCCAACAAGUAUUGUCUAUCCAGGG